UAUUUACAGUUUAGAAGAUAAAAAAAAAAAAAAAGGGGUGAACAACGCAAGCUUAAUUGUCCACGCUUAGUUUUUUAUUUACGUUUUUAUUCUGUAUUAUAUAUUUUUUCUGAAUUAGCAGCAAGCCCGCCUUGUUUAGUUUCAUAUUGAGCUAAUGUUAGCUUGGGUUUAUAAUUUAAUGCGCUAAUGUUUACGAAAGUUAACAAACUGACAAUUGACGUUUUAUAAAUAUUUUUUACAUGUGAAUAUUUAAAAAAUAAAUUCACUAACUUCAGUCCUUGUUUUCUUCACACUGUUUGCGGGGCUUGGCGUGAAUCCAGCCCCAGUGUGAGGCAUGGAGGGUCAGGCUGUAACAGAGGUGGUCCUGCUGGCCUGUGGGUCCUUCAACCCCAUCACCAACAUGCACCUGAGGAUGUUUGAACUCGCUCGAGAUCAUCUGGUAGACACAGGUCAGUACAGGGUGGUGAAAGGCAUCAUCUCCCCUGUUGGUGAUGGCUAUAAGAAGAAGGGUUUGAUCGAGGCCAGCCACCGACUGGAGAUGGCUCGCUUGGCCACUAAGGACUCAGACUGGAUCACUGUAGAUGCCUGGGAGUGUUUGCAGCCAGAGUGGGUGGAGACAGCUAAAGUUGUUCGGCAUCACUAUGACGACCUGCUGGCAGCAGAGCAGAACAUCGAUGACGUGGACACAGUCAAAUACACAAAAAGAAGACGUGUAGAAGAGAAUCAUUUUCAGGGUUCAUCUAGUGACAGAGGCAGAGACAGCUCUCAGGUGAUGUUGCUCUGCGGGGCGGAUGUCCUGGAGUCCUUUGGCAUCCCCAAUCUGUGGAAGCAGGAGGACAUCGCUGAGAUUGUUGGCCGUUACGGUUUGGUUUGCAUCACCCGAAACAGUAAUGACCCUCACAAGUUCAUCCACCAAUCAGACACACUUUGGAAGUAUCGCAAGAACAUCCAUGUGGUCCGAGAGUGGGUGACCAAUGAGAUCUCAGCCACUCACAUUCGUCGGGCAUUGCGGCGAGGUCGAAGUGUCAGGUAUCUGCUUCCAGACAAAGUUGUUCGCUAUGUACAAGAGAAUGACCUCUACAGUGCUGAAAGCGAGAAGAAAAAUGCAGAUGUGGUCCUAGCACCCUUUCAGAAAUGCUCGGGUGCCUUAUCAAGCUGAGGCAGUUUAAGCUGGUUGCGAUUAGUGCCGUGGGUUAACAAUAUAUUGUAAUUUAUACACAUUUUUGUAUGCUUUUUUAAGUCCCCACCAGUGCCUACCAAGCACAGCCUUUUUUGUAAUGGGCUUGUGACUUUUAAGAAUAUUAACCUGCUUAGACCUCUCUAAUUGAAGUCAAUUAAUAACACUAUGGCCUGCUUUAAUUUAUUUUGUGUGUCUGAAGAAGUACAACAGUCAUAAAAACCUUAACUGAACAACAGUUUAGUCUUAAUGGUAUAGCUUAAAAUAAAUCUAGAUAUUUAUAAGUUCAUUUAAAUAGUCAGCCUAUCUUUUUUAUUGAUAGUAUAUAAUGUUAUAUUAAGAACAAAUUGAUUUGAAUAGCUUUCCUUGCUUUAUUAAGAGUUCUGCCCCUUUGCAUCAGUACACUGAACCUACUUCACAUAUUUCGAUGGUUACCUUGAGCAGCAUUUUCCCACACACUCUCAGGGAGAAGAAGGACAUUUGCAUCAAAUAUGUGUACUCUGCUGUUGAUUUGAAAAUGUAGGUUUGAUCUGUAUUGACUGGAAACAAAAUAAACAAUGCUCUUUGUUUCCCA